CGCAGUGCGCGCGAUAAAUCAGGUGUCACCUAUCUACUUAUGUGACAAGUACAGAUUUUUAUCCUCAUUACCAUAAACCUGAUCGUACAAGUUUGAUUUUUUAAUUGUUCAUUAACAUAGUUAUCGAUUAUGAUAGUAUAGUGGAAGCGUGAGGUGCGUGAGAAGAAUACGGUUAUGCCUUCGAUCCGAGAAUCGCAACAGAGUCGAGCUUCAAUGAAGGAUCACAAAGAAAGUACCAACCAUGGUACAUUCUCUUUGUCAUAAUGUACAUAGCGACGUCAGAGGAUGCAUUUGUCUAGAAUUACAUUUCGUCCCCGAAGGCCUUAGGGACAGGCUUCUCAGGUCUACGGUUGGAACAACGCAAUAGCAAUGGUUUGUGGUGAUCCCGUGUAGUUUGGAAAGCCUCGCCCACAACUCUCCUCAUCUCGGUUGCUACAACUAAAAUCGUUGCUAAUUUUUUCGAACGGAAUGGCAUUUCAGGCUUGAUAACUUUUUCGGUUAUCGGUGGAGCGGACGUCGGUGAAAACUUUGCUCAAAGAUAAACGGAAAAUUUUAUCCUGUGAUGCAGUCGCAGUCGACGCCGAUCUUGAAAUGGCAGUCAGAGCAGCUGUGUUUUCGUACGUUGGCACAGCUGGGUAGAGAUGCACCACGACCAGACGUUUCAUCCUCGACAAAAAAAUCAAGCAAAAUUUUUUGAGAAGUUUCAAAAAAGCCUUUAAAAGUAUUGUUGAAAGGAUUGGUGACCCUUUGGACGAAUCUACGUUGCACAAUCAACAGACAGUCGACAGUUAUGCGUUGACAGUUAAAAAAGUUGUGGAGAGCGGCGGUGUCCUCGAGUUCGGUGGUAACGUGAUAGACCGACCAGGAUUUUAUGUCGAGCCAACAAUAUUAACAGAUUUACCAAUGACCGCGGACGUCGUACAAAAAUAAACCUUCGCACCAAUUGUUUACGUUCUCGAGUGCAACUCCGUUGAGGAAGCAAUAGCUAUGAAAAAUGGAGUUAACAAGGACUCGGCAGCUCUUUGUUCACCAGAAAUUUGUCCAACGUCUUUAAGUGGAUCAGACUGCGGUAUCGCGAAUGUAAACAUCGGAACAAGCUGUGCAGAAAUCGGUGGCGAAAAAUCGACGGGCGGCGGUCGGGAGAGCGGAAGCGACGUAUGGAAUAGUUACAUGAGACGAGCGACGGUGACGAUGAAUCACGGGGACGAAAAUUCGAAUCCUCAAGCGGUUUCGCCUGUUCCUGGCACUGUUGAAAAGUAUGAAUUAAACAAAUUGCAACUAAAAAUUGGCCGUGCAGUCAGAGAAUAAGUUCAACAGCGGUAUAGCAACUGUAUCCUCCACGGACAGUUGAAAGCCAUACCGAAGAAAUUUAGUCUGGAAAAAGACGACAAAGAUGCUAUAGAAGAAAAACAUUGAGAAGAGAGAAUUGGAGCCAAAGUCGUGCCGAAACCAGUCAUGGAUGUACUUGGCGAAGAACUCGAUUAAUUAAGCUCCUUAGAGAAUCAUAGCGGCGAGUUCAAAUACGUGAAAGAGCAUUAGCUUUCUGUUUCCCUUCGAAAUCCACUAAAAAAUAUGCUCUUGUAACAAAUGGUAAAAAUCAUUAACUCACUUUAUUAAACGACUCAUAUCAAUAUUUACAUGUCGAUUUUAUUUUCAUCAUGACAUUUUUAUAUUUCAUUUCUUCACAUUUUACUCAACAUGGCAUGAGGAAUGUGUCUAAUCUAAGCAAGAAGUCAUGAUGUUUAUUAGAACAUAAAUCAACUUGAAUAAUAACUCUCAAUAAGAUUUUCAAAUAAAAUAUUUUUUGUGUUGAAAAAUCAA